AUGUUCUUGCGACAGUGGCGAUCCCAGUGCAAAGUGAACGUGUUCGUCUGCUCCAAUCAUCCUUGUGUCAUUUACUCCAUCAAGGACAAACUUGUCUUCGCUAAUCUCAACUUGAAGGAAGUCUUGUACAUGACGCCUUUGAACGGGUCCUUUUACAGUGAAUGCAUCGCUCUAGUGACACCGAAUUCCUUGGUCAUCGGAUCAGUGGAUGAGAUCCAGAAACUACAUGUCCGUUCUUUGCCUUUGGGAGAAACUCCCAAGCGUUUGGCCCUACAGCACGACACGGGGAGUCUAGGUCUCAUCACCUAUCGCCAGGAAUUCUUCCAAGAAGGUGUUGGCUUCAAACCCAUUCGAUCUUCCAUCUCUUUGUCUCCCAAAGUUCCUAAAUCAACCAGUCGUCUACCAAAGACGGCAACAUCAUCCGUGUCUGUCACAGAACGCAAGUUCCGAGAGCUCGAAGUCUCCUCCUUGCUUAUCUUCAAUCAGUCCACCCUGGAGCUGAUGUUUGCUCAUUCCUUCCAUUACAGUCAAACCUUGAUCGAGAUCGCCAUCAGUAUCACCUCGAUCAAGCCGGCGGAAGGCUGCUCCAAAGGUGCUUACUACGCAGUCGGUACUGCGUUCCUAGUGGAGGAUGAAGUUGAGCCGUCCAAAGGCCGCAUCCAUGUGUUCCAUUGGGAUCCGGAUGCCGCCAGACUAGACACCGUCAUGGUGUACGAUGUGAACGGAGCUGUCUACCGUCUGGUUGAUUUUAAUGGUCGGCUGCUUGCAGCCAUCAAUAGUUCC